AUGAAAGGGCACGACGACCCUAUUCUCCAACCGCAUUCCUGUUUAUCCUUUUUCCACUUCCUCAAAACCCAUCAUUCCAACCAUUCACUCAAACCUGACCUGAAGGCCCAUUUGAUUCUCUUUUCUAGACUCUUUAAAGCUCGCAAAUUCGCCACCAUCAAGACUAUUCUGAAUUCCGUUGUUACUGAUUCCCAAUUUCGCUCCCCAGUUUCGGGGAUCGUUGAUUUGCUUGAUGAAUUUGAGUUUCAUUUUGUUGACAAGCUUUGUGAUAUGUUGUUUAGGGUUUGUUCUGAUAAUAGGUUGUUUCCAGAGGCGGUUAGGGUUUUUGAUUAUGUGGAGGAAAAGGGAUUCUUACUUCAGAAGCCAUUCUCAAGUUCUAACAGGCUACCUGAGGAAUCAGUAAAAGCUUCAUUCUGUGAAUCGGAUGAGACAGUUAGAGUUGCAUAUGCAGAUUUGAUAACUUCGUCCAAGGAGACUUUGGAUUCUAUAUUGGAACUGCAAGAGGCUCUGAUUGCAAAGAAUCCGUCAGUAACCCAAGCUGUUAAUGGUUCAGAAAAGUCAUCAAAAGAAGUUUCUAAUGUUUUGGAAGACAAUCUUGACCAAGAGUGGUCACAAAUUUCUCGGAUGCACAACAGUAUAGCAUCUUUCAGAGACAAGUCUAUCAACAAAUGGCAGAGGAUUACGCAAGUGACAACCGGUGUUGCUGCAAUUAAAGGCAAACACGCUUUUAAUCAGGAUAUCAGCAAUCAAGUUGCUGGCUAUAUGAGAGAUCCUAGUAGAAUGGUCAAGCAGAUGCAACUGAGAAAAUCAGCUGUUAACGUAUUUGGAUCCGACAUAAGGAACGGCUCGGGAAAUCAUCGUGCACUAUCAAGCACCACACUGUUUCCACAAAGUAUUCGAAAUUCCACGCCCAAGAGUCAAUAUAAUCGAGGUUCAAGUGCUCCACCAACAUCUAUCGAAGCGAACGGAAACAUACUAAACAAAAAUAAUGGAUCCCAUUUUGACGUGGUAAACGGAAUCAAUAGAAAUAUGAUAAAAGGAAGAGAGAUAGAUGAAAGACAAUACUCAGCAAAACUGAGUGAAAUUGACGUAUACGAGAGCUCUCGUUACGACGCGCUGUUGCUUAAAGAAGAUUUGAAGAAUACAAACUGGCUUCAUAGUGUGGAUGAUAAAUUUGAUCAAGGCUCCUUAUUAUUUGAUAAUGGAUUCGAGAACCUGCCUGAGCCUUUUGGUCUCUUAUAG